AUGCCUCAGGGAUACAGUCCCCCAGCUCCUACACCUUUUCACACAUCCGCUAUGCAAUCCAUGUUGCACGUCCUUUUUCUCCCAGCGCCUUUCAAGAGCAAUGCUAAUGUUAGGGAGGCCGAAGUCAUCCACCCAACAGCUAAGCUCCUUGUCAUGGCCUCACAAGUUCAAGAGUCCGAGAUGGGUGUUCUACUACAAACAUGGUCAUCAUUCUGGCAGGAGAAAUCAGAGAACCUUCUCAUCAUCAGCCUCCACCCUAGCAAAGAACAGCCCUCGAACCCGUUUCACUCGCGUCGAGGAACAACAACUUGGAAGGUCAUCAUCGCAGGCUCAUCCACCAGUAACCUUGCCCUAUACUACCUCAAUCACUUCAACAUCGCUGUUCCCAAAGUCCUCCCCAAAUUUGACCUCCGCCGCGUAGCUUGUGUCUUCAACGCCACGCAUCUCGCCCGCAUUGGUCCACUCCAGAGGAAGCAGUCUACAUCGACCUCUUUGAGACAACGAAGAUCGGUGGAGACCGUGUCACUAUCCUUCGUCAGCUCGCUCCCAUGGGUAUCAGGGACACAGAAAGAUACAUACGGCGACGAUCGUGCUUAUGGGAGCAACAGCCUACCAUCUCGACCACCUCGAGUGCGCGAUCGACAACGGCGUGAACGUGAUCGAAUCACUUAUAAAAGAUCCACGGCUAGUUCCUGGUGCAGGUGCGACGGAACUAGAGCUAGGCAAGCGUAUGGACACUCGAAGUCAUACCCCAAACGCUCCCUGAGAGGUGCUGAGCGUAUUAAUGAGGUUCACAGUCGGUUGUGGGUCAAGCACGAACAGGAGGGCGGCAAAGCCUGGGGUGUCGAUAUCAAGGCUAAACAAGAUGGCACUCUGCUAGCUACCGACUUCAAGAUUCUCGACCCACUACCCUCAAAACGGUGGGCCAUCAAGCUCGCAACACGACCCAAAGUCCCUCAACAAGCAAGUAACUGGGAUGAAGAUUAG